UUCGUGUAUGGCUGUUUAUUCACCCGCUACUAGUAUAUUUUACUGGAUUAGAAAACUAUUUACUUACCGAUUCAAUUAGUUUCACUAAUUCAGUUAUAGUCAUUUCAGUUAACACGAUGGUGACAAACGGAAAGUAUAAAAACAUUAGCAUUCAACAGACGAAACUUGCACGGACUUCUAAAACAAUAUAUGAGUUGCCCAGAGAAAACUUAACCGAAGCUGAACUAGUCAGAAAAUCGACUUCUGACAGAACUAAAUGCCGUGUGGCUCACAAGGCGUGGUUUCCCCUGCCCGUAAUCACUAAGCCAGCAAUGACAGAAAAGCCUCAGCGAAAACCAAAUAAAAAGCUGGUUUUAAAAAAGGAUGGAGAGUUGACGACAAGGUUAGGGCUGACAAGAGGAAGUCAGGAGAAAGUAAGCAUUGUGAUGAAAUUAUAAAAAAAGAUGCAAAAAAAAAAAACAAUGUUGGCACAUCAAAAAAUAAAGACGUAAAAGCAGAAAAAAAAUCACGCUCACAUAAAGGUGAACACAUUUUUUGCCGAAAUUCGCUUUUCGCACACCUCAUUCAUCCGUAAAAACAAUUUUCACAUUGCACAUGUGUGAUGAUCAAAAGUGAAAUUCCAAAUUGUAUCAUUGCAUUUACAUGCAAAUUAUUACUUGCUGAGUAUUGGCGUUAAAAAAUAUUUAGAAUUUCACUUUGAUAUUGAAAAUUGAUUUUUGCGGUCAACAGAAUGAUCAUCAACUGCACAUUUCGGUAAUGAUCAUGUUAAAAAUUAUUAAUUACUGUGGCUAAAUUUUUGAUGUGAACAAAAAUUUAAAAUAUC